CGGCGGGGCCGGGGGUCCUGGGCGCCGCUGCUCUUGCUGCUGCUGGCCGGGCCCACCGCCUGCACUGCCAGCCCCGCCGACGACGGCGCAGGCCCAGGGGGCCGGGGACCCCGGGGACGAGCGCGAGGAGACGCCGGCUCGGACGAGGCGGCGCCGCGCCACGACUCCUCCUAUGGCACCUUCGCCAGCGAGUUCUACGACCUGCGCUACCUGUCCGAAGAGGGCUACCCUUUCCCUACUGCUCCUCCUGUGGAUCCAUUCGCCAAAAUUAAAGUGGAAGACUGUGGAAGAACGAAGGGAUGCUUCAGAUACGGCAAACCGGGCUGUAAUGCAGAGACUUGUGACUACUUCCUUAGCUACCGGAUGAUAGGCGCAGAUGUGGAAUUUGAGCUGAGCGCAGACACAGAUGGUUGGGUAGCAGUUGGAUUCUCAUCCGACAAGAAAAUGGGUGGGGAUGAUGUGAUGGCCUGUGUCCACGAUGACAAUGGCAGGGUCCGUAUCCAGCACUUCUAUAACGUAGGCCAGUGGGCUAAGGAGAUUCAGAGAAACCCUGCCAGAGAUGAAGAAGGAGUUUUUGAGAACAAUCGUGUGACCUGCCGAUUUAAACGCCCUGUCAAUGUUCCCAGAGAAGAAACAAUUGUUGAUUUGCAUUUGAGCUGGUAUUAUCUGUUUGCAUGGGGUCCAGCCAUUCAAGGCUCUAUCACUCGCCAUGAUAUAGACUCACCUCCAGCUUCCGAGCGAGUCGUCAGUAUUUACAAGUAUGAAGACAUUUUCAUGCCGUCAGCUGCCUAUCAGACAUUCUCUUCUCCAUUUUGUUUGCUUCUCAUUGUUGCCCUGACCUUCUACUUGCUGAUGGGGACCCCUUAACUAUAGCUGCAAAGCCAACUGAUUAUAUGGACUGAGAUGUCUUUAGCAAAAAUAUAUUUUUAAAGAAAAUUCAGUGUAAUUUUAGCCUUUAUGAUUUUUUUUUAAAAAAAACAACCAGGACUCAUUUAAACCUUUUUGGAAGACAGCAAGUUUCUUUU